CAUGCGUAUUUUCAGUGGCAUUUAAACAACAACAAUAACAAAAACAAAAACAGCACGAGGGCCGAAGUCGAGGCAAGAAACAAAAGGGGUCAGAGGCUGGUACUCGCGGCGUCUCGGCUCGCUUUGUUUAUUUUUCAAGCCACCCCGGAGGAGCCGCCGGGAGCUUCUCCUGCAGCAGUCUCGGCAAGCGCACCAGCCAGCCUGAGCGAGUCACACGCUGCAUACACGCAUCCCCGCGCUGGGCCGACCGAGCGGGCGGGCGUUGGAGGAGGGGCAAGGAAGCGAGCGAGGCGGCCGAGGAAGAAGAAGCGCGCCGAAGAAGAGGGAGAGAAGGGGAAACCCCUGCGACCGCUGCGUCUUUCUCUAGCCGUGAAAGAGGCGGGGGCGAGGAAGGAGCCGCGUGAGCUCAGUCUCCCCGCUGUGCGCCCACCCGCGGCGCUGCGUGGCAGCCCCUCGGCUGCAGCGGAGCGGUGCUGACAUCUUCCAGCUCCCUCGGUUUCACUAUGGACAGCUUCGAUUUGGCGCUCCUGCAGGAAUGGGACCUGGAUUCUCUCUGUGUCUAUGAUCUUGACAGAAAUAUGUUACGCAGAAAAGAAUGGGAAAGGAGAAAUCAGGAGACCCAGCAUGAAGAUCGCAUAUUUAAUGCCAGUUAUUCUCUCUUCAGUGAACCAUACAAGACAAAUAAGGGGGAUGAAUUGUCUAGUCGUAUCCAGAAUACACUGGGUAACUAUGAUGAAAUGAAAGAAUUGUUGACCGAUCACUCCAAUCAAAGCCAGCUUGUUGGUGUUCAAAAGGUCUGUAUGUCACAAGGAUCUAUGAACAAAAUGGAGGAGCACUUUGCUGCUGAAACAAUGACUCAUACUCAGACUUCUAUUUGCAGUCCUCAGUCUUUGCCAGUGACACUGUCUGGACAGCUAAACAAGAAUGCAAUGGGUUGGCAGAAACCUGGGCGUUCCUUAGAGAAUCAGCAGAGGGGAGGUAAACAUAAGCAUGGACUGCCAGAUUCACAGAGUAAUGAUUUCAGAAUAGCUAACCAAAAGAGCAGCUUGGAAAAGAUUAUGUAUUAUGUACACAGUCCUUCACCACCAUCUUCAUCCAGUACUAUUCAAGGUCCUUUACCAUCCUUAUUUGUAGAGAACAUUCAAACACAACAACAGUCAAAGUUGAGCUGUGCCACAGAGACUGGAGUCCAGGCUCAAGAAAGACCAGCUAUGCAUAGCAAUGGACAUUGUGUACAAAAUUUUCAUCUUGCUCUUGCUUCAAAACCAAAUAUAAUUCAGCAGAAACCAACAGCUUAUGUGAGACCAAUGGAUGGUCAAGAUCAGGCUCCUGAUAAAUCUCCAAGAUUAAAGGUGCCGGAUGAAACCAGCAUGCUCUGCACCUCAUACAGAGAGAUGUCUUCUGUUAAAAAUGAAUCGGCUAGAAUCAAAUCAAAAGUAACGAAGUGUGGCAUGUCCGAACAAGAAGAGAACCUGAUAUGCCUUCAGUUCAUGAAAUUGACUUCGGUAGAGUGA